AUGGCAUCCAGUUUCCCAAAAUAUAAACACCCAACUGGCCGUUACUUCAUCAAUGAGGCCUUCAGGAAACCCAAACUCAUGCAGUCCAUGCCUAACCCUUACGAUAACCUCGUCGCGUCCCUCAAAAACAUCCUCGAUAUCUGCCCUCCAAGUGUUCCUUGGACCGGUAGCUUCGCCGGAGGCCUCUACUUCGGUAUUUUCGCCGGUCCAACCAGUAUUGCCUUCCUUUUCCUCUGGCUAUCCAAGACUCAUCCGGACUUGGCCAUCCAUGGGCUCUUUCCAGCCGAUUACUGCAAGGCAUAUCUUUCCCUCCAACAAAAUACAUAUUCAUCAGAGGAAACACCACGCUCCGGAUGCAGCUUGAACCAUGAGUUCAUGUGCUAUAAUGCUGUCAAGGCUUGCCUCACCAAAGACAUCACCUAUGUUCAGAAGUUCGCUGAAAACAUCGACAAGCUAACCCUUCGCCCGACUUUUAUGGAACUUCUCUUCGGCAGAGCCGGGUUGCUCAGUCUCAUGCGUACCAUGAAAUAUUGGUUCCCAGAAAGCAGCGAGAUUCUCGACCCAGAGAUCGAAAAAGUAAUCCAGCACUGCCUCUCAUAUGAUCCUUGGACUUUUGGAGUCCGUCCAGACAAUCAAAAACGUUUCAUCGGAGCAAGUCAUGGCGACAUCGCAAUUAUAUCAAAUAUUGUGAUGACAAACCCUGCUUACGCACCAAAAGUACAAGGUAGAUUGGAAAAGAUCCUUGCCCUGCAAGCGGAUAACGGCAACUGGCUCACUUGCGAAGACGAGGGUGAGGAUCUUGUUCAAUUCUGUCACGGAGCACCAGGUAUGAUUUGGUGUUUGAUUCCAUUGAGGAAAUACUAUCCAGACCUACGAGAGAAGAUCGACGAAGCGAUUGAAAAAGCGCGAGGAUUGGUCUGGGAGCGAGGUCUCCUGACGAAGGAACCGUGCUUAUGCCACGGCAUCACAGGAAACGCAUUUGCUUUAGCGGAACCCCAGAGAAGCCACUUCCUGCACUAUGCCACGCCAUCUUUGGUCCGAGCGGGGCUUUUGGAUGGAACCCUGGAAGGAGGCAGCGAUAACAGCGGGGUUUGGUGGUCAGAAGCCAGCCGAGCGUGGGGUUGGAUGAUGCAUGACUACGACAGAGCCGGGUUGGGUGAUUCGGUGGAAGACAUUGGGUAUCCGGGAGCGACGAAUCCGUAA